AUCUGCUGACUGGCAACACUGCGGUCAGACUGCUUCUGAUUUGUCGCUAUUACCAGCGAAUAUUUUUUCAUAUAUGAUUGUUGUGUUGGCGAUUGUUUAUAUUUUACUGUGAGAAUAUUUAUUUAAGCAAAACUCAAAUGAUACAAGUAUGAACAGGGCUCGUACAAACAGAAGAGGAGGUGGUGGAGGAAUGAGUUCUAAUAGGGAUGACAAAAGCAUGCCUCGAAGCAACAGUAACUAUAAUAAGACUUCUAAUACAAGGCCUGUUAGUAACAGCAACGUCAACAAUUCAUCACAGCGCAGAGACAGAACAUCUCCAACUGAUGGCAACCCAGGACUUUAUGAAAAUCAUCGGUUAAUGAACUCUAUGGCUCUGCAAUGUGGCCUUGUUACUAGGGUUCAUACAACAAAUAACAGGACGUAUGAAGGCAUUUUCUACACUGUGGACCCAUCAGGGCAGCUGGUUUUAUCCAUGGUGCACGAAAUGAAUAACCCUGACAUGAAGCUUGAUGAAGGUGAUGUGAAUGUGAUGGAAGUGUCUGCCAAGAUGGAGGACCUCAUGCUCUUCCCAGCUGAUUCAAUUGUUGACUUCUACACUGUCAAUGUGGAUUUAACAACUGAUCCUAAGGGAGACCAUGGCGCCCCCUUCUCAACGGACAGCCAGAUCUCUGGACGAGGUGGGGCCAAUGGCAUGCAUGGCGAGCGACAGCUCGAAGCCUGGACCAGUGAUGAUCCUGACAAGGGUCUUGAAGAGGGCUUGUCUGAGAUGCUCGAGUCAGGACAGCGUGGUUGGGACGCUAACGAGAUGUUCAGCACAAACCAGGACAAGUUUGGAGUGGAGUCCACCUACUGCCCAGACAUGACAGGCUACACAACUAAAAUUAAUGUUGACAAGAGUAGCGAUGAAUACCGUCAGGCCGGCAAGCUGGCCAAGGAAAUAGAACAAGAAAAAACAGUUCAUCAUGAUGACAGGGAAGAAGAAGAGAUAUUCUCGGCUGUAAUGCGGCCAGACGCUGCGAGCGGCAGCUGCUCGAAUGGCGGUGAGCAACUCUAUGUUCCUCCGAACCGUCGGGUCCAGAAGUCUUCUAGCGGUGGCAACGCUGGCCGCGGUAAUCAGAGACACAUGAGUUCCCAGCCGCCUCGCUUCCAGCAGCAGCAGCAACAACAACAACAGCAGCAGUAUGGUGGUGGCAACCAGCACCAUCAGCCACCUCCGCAUCACCAUCACCACCAGCAACAGCAACAACAUCACCAUCAGCAGCAACAUCAUCAUAGUCGUGAUCGUGGCGCUCCUCCUGGUGGUGUUGCCCUGCCGCCUCAGGCUGUCAAACCUGAUAACAGGAAGGACAAGUUUGCCACAAAUGGCGAGUCAAGAGGUGCUGUUGGGGGACAAGUGGACAGCAGCGGCUCACAACAGCAACAGCAGCAGCAUGGUUUCAUGCCCGAUGGUCGCACCCCUCGCGACGUGAAGGACAAACGCUCUGAUGCGUCGCCGAAUAUCGGACAGCAACAGUCACCUCCUGUGCAGCAUAAAAAUAGAUACGUAGAACCUCAGCAGCACGAGCAGCAGCAAGGCUAUAAUCGAUCACUGGAUCAUAGAAAUAGGAAAGAAGAUAAUAGUAAUCGCCGGCAUUUUAAUGCUAAAGAUCAAUUCAAAGAUGGUACCAGCACUGCUGGCAGUAAUGUAAAUAAUAGUAGCAAUAGUAGCAGCAGUACUAGUUCCAUUAGCUCUAUUGUAAAUUCUGUCAAUAGUUUAGAAGAUGGUAACUCAACUACUUCUUCACAUUUGCCCAUAAACAACAAUUCUACGAGAUAUAACAAAGAUUCACAAAGUGAUACUGGCUCAGUUAGCCGUCAUCCUCAGCAUAUGCAGCCACAGCAAGCUAUUCCAAACCAGCAGCAACAGCAGCCUCCUCCUCCUCAGCAUCACCAUCAACAGCUGCAGCAGCAACAACAAGUUCCCUCGCACCAAGGAAACCAUCCGCAUCGCCCACCAAGAGAACGCAGUGAAGAUCACACCAAUCGUCUUGACAAUCGAUCAGCAAGAGGCCAAAGGCAUCACCAAGCUAAGGAAGAUCACAUUGCUGCUGAUCUUAAGAAGUUUGGCAGUGAAUUUACACUCUCUGAGUCCGAGGCGGGUGAAGCAACUCAACGACAACAUCAGCAAGCUGCACAUAAUAUGCCUGUUGCUCCUCAAAAUAGGCAUCAGCAACCCGCUAGUGGGUUGCCUCCUCAAUUGAAACAACAGCAGCAAAUUCAACUGCAACAACAGCAUAAUAAACAACUGCAGCAGCAGCAACAUCAACAACAACAGCAGCAGCAACAUCAACAACAGCAGCAACAACAGCAUCCUCAUCAUCAGCAUCAACAACCGCAGAAACAGCAUCAACAACCUCAGCAACAUCAACAGCAUCAACAACCUCAGCAACAUCAUCAACAGCAGCAACAACAUCAACCGCAGCAACAUCAACAACCACAGCAACAACAUCAACAACUGCAGCAACAGCAUCAACAACCACAGCAACAGCAUCAACAACAGCAGCCGCUACAACAUCCACAACAGCAGCCGCUUCAACAUCCACAGCAGCAUCAUCAUCAACAACCUCAGCAGCACCAGCAACCGCUACAGCACCAACAGCCACCGCAACACCAGCAAUCGCAGCAGCAUCAACAACCACCGCAGCAACAUCCACAAACUCAGCAACAACCGCAGCAGCAACAACAGUCACAGUUCCAUAAAAGGCAGGGGCCUCAUAACCAACAUAUUCCUCAGCAUGAAAGUGCACCUCAGCAGAUUCGCGGUCCUCCUGGAGCUGUUGAACCUUCUGCACAAAUGCAUCAACUGCCGCCUCCACAGCAACAGCUGCCUCCGCCGCCUCAGCAUCAAGUGUCAUCUCCAAGGCCUUCAAUAAAGCAAGAGCCUCAAUCCUCACCACCCUCUGCUGCUCAGCCUCUUGAUGUCCCACGGAGUGCAAGUCCCUCCACCACACCCAAGACCAGCCCUGUUCCUCCUGCAUCCUCCAGCGUCUCUGGGGCGUCUUCCGUGGUGGCAGUGCCUGCAGCACAGACCGAACCUUCAGCAUUGAGCUCUCCCGCCCCUUCUGAGGACCCAGACAAGCAGUCAGACACACUGAAAACGGUUCCCACUCCUAAGGAGCUCAAUCCUCAUGCCAAGCCUUUUGUUCCGAGAGGUCGCAAUACCGCAAGUCCGCAGGCUUCUCCAACUUCCCAGCCUCAACAACAACAGCAAAUGAUGCAUCAACAGCAAUUGCAACAACAGCCCUUGGCCCACCAAGUGCAGCAGCAACAGAUGCAACACCUGCACGCAAAUAUGCCUCACUUGACCAUGACUUCAACAAACGUCAUGACUCACCACAGUCUAUCGCCGGCCAGUGCCGUACCAACCGCGGGGUUCCAGCAGCCAACUUUUUAUUUACAACACGCUGCCGUACCUUUGCAGGCGUCUCGUCAUGUCAAAAGAGGUACCGAGUUCUUAACUUGCCCGCCCGUUGCAGUGCCGUCAGUGAUGGGCAGCGGUGCACCCAACAGCGCCGCGGCGCUCUCGCAUGCCCACAUGAGCACCGGUGGUCAACUGCAGCUUGCCCCGGGGACUUUCCUCUCAGCGGCGCCUCCUCACGGCGCUCCUGCUCCUCCUCCAUCCCAGCUUGCACCCUUCAACUACGCGGGCGGCCUGAUGCGCAUGAUGACACCUACUGGGAUUCCAUUGCACUUGCCCAUGUUAGGCAACAUGGGCGAGGCUGUGUAUGUACCGGCCGCUCCGCCUCACCACUUGCCUCCUCCACCGCCUACCUCCAGCCAGCCGCAACAGAGCGGCGGCCAGCAACAACAGCAACAUGCUCAGUCCAUCACGUCAGUUGCUGGACAACAAGUCAUGUAUCACGGACAGUCCCCUCACGUGACACCCUUACAGAAUCUGCAGCAUCACCAUAUGGUCACGCACAAUUCUCAGGGCCAUCAGGGUCAGCCGCAACCACCCCAGCAGGUGACGACAGCUGUGACUGUAGGCCAGUAUGCAGGCCCCAGUUUGAUGUUAAUGCCACAGCAGCCACCACCUCAACCACCUUCACAACAGAGUGCACAACAACAUGCCGUGGCCGUUGCACAACAGCAGCAGCAGAUGACAGCUGUUGCUGUCCAGCAAUCAAUUCCGUACUCAGCUGCCCCUUCAGGAUCAAGCGGAGGGCCUCAUCUACAGCAAUCAUCAUCUUCAGUAGCCCAGCAACAACAGGGCUCCUCUCAACAACAGUCUGCCGGUCAGCAACAGCAACAACAGCAACAAGGACCAAUGGCUCACGCCCACCACCAUCACACCCAUUCCCACCCUCCUCCCACUCACCACCCUCACAUCUACCUUGGUGGGUAUCACACUGUCCGAUAUCAAGGUCAUGCGAGCAUGCCUAUGGUCGGCCACCCACCGCAACAUCAGUGAGCAGAGCUGCCCUAUCUUCACAAGUCGAUCAUCAAGUUAAUAAGAUCAUGUGUGCUCCCUACGGUCGGCUUCAACGCAGCAUCAACAAAUAUGCUUCAGGCCGAUGUUGUUUGGGUAUUAGGGGAUCAAGUGUUCCUGAGCAAGCGAGCAACUCUACAUGUAAAAACCAAUCUAUUUGCUGCUAUUGUCGCACCUGUUUUGUUGAGAGAACGGACGAUGGCACACACGGUGUCCUUGAUCGUUGCCAAAUUUAUUCAACACUUGGAGACGACGUUCAUUCGAAUGGUGCACAGUCACGUUUUAAACUGAAUCAUGGAAAGAUGGAAUCAACACUUGAAAAGACUUCACUUGUCUAUCAUAGUUUGCAAUGUCAUCAACUACAUCAAGGACCAGAAUUCAUGCAAGGUAGCACGCAGCACCGUUCAAGAAAGCAAUUUUUCCCCUCUGACACUAUACCUGAUGGUGCGUCUCUCAAGUCUGUACCUGCUGCCCACUGUUAUUGUUUGAGACGCGCUCCCUUCAUGCGAAAUGAUUCUCAAUUAUCGUGUCCUAUGCUGAGCUGUCGUUUCUUUUUAGAACAAACAACUAUUGAUGACCCACGUCCCUCAAUCGCCUUGGCAGCUUCUUGCUUCGAUAUGACCUAUUGUCAUCGUGAGCGUCGGAUGAAAAAAGAGACAUUAUUUUAUGCCCAGAACAGUAACUUCGGCUAUAGCCCUGAAAUAUUAGCCUUACCUCAACAGAAAACUACUACCGAGCAGAGCGAGGAACGUGUUUUUAAAUGUCCGGCUCAUUCCAUCAGUUCAGUGAUCCUUGGAGCUGAUGCCGCGCGUGUGUCUCGAAAACUGGAUGCUGCGCCUUCAUUUCUCUCUAAAUAUUGCGCUAAUGCGCAGUCUUCUAUUUCAUUUUGUGGACGUAUGUUGGUCUAUACAUUAAGUAUUUUAUUUUGUUGUAGGUUUUGCAUCGUUUUGCACGUGAACUCAGGGAACGAUCGUUCAUCUUGUGCAAACCUAUCAGACGGGUCAAGAUCUUGCGGAUGUUCUUCCAUAGAGCAUUUGCCCGUUUUCAAAGAAUCGCCCACAAUAAAAUACUGUACUCUAAAAGAGAUGAUUAGAUGUUUGUUUUCCAUGAUAUGUAUGAAUUCUUGGCUCGAAAGAAAAUCGCACUUUCGUUUUAGAGAAGAGACGUGCAGCAGCGAAGCGGCCUCGUCGCUGACACAGGACUCAAUGAUUUUCUUAUUAUGCUUGCUGCUGCUAAACCUACGUCUCUCUGAGCCAUUUAAGUUUCGUUGUUUUAACGAGGAGGGUAGAGCGAGCUCUUCGCCUGCUGUAGCAACAAUGCUUAGCUUAUCCUUCCUGUGACCGCGGCUCGGGGUGUGGUUUUUGAUUAACGUCACGUGAAGGCUCAUUCUAAUCUAGAGUGUAACACCUGAAGCAUUCCUUUCCAAUUGCAGACCUUAUUCAACCAUUUUGAACGUUCAGAUGUACGUUUGCAUUUUAGACUGAGAUGGUUCAAUAUGAGCUUAAUAGAUGAAUCCGCAUAAGAGUCUUAUCAAAUUAGUUUCCUAUUAAGGGUACUUUUGUUUUUUAUUUUCAUAAAUUGUGUCGAAAACAACUAAAGGUGGCUGCUCUUGAAGCCUCGGGUUGUCGAUAGCAUUAGUUUUUCAUGUAACUUGGGUUAUAAUACAUCCUCAGUCGAUGCAGCAGGGAACGAGCGUAGCUUGUGAUUAGUCAGCGCCGCACCUCGAGCCGUGGACCCAGAGAGAGACUUAAAUUAUUAUGAUGUGCGAUUAAUCAAGUUAGUGCGGUAAAAUAUUUAAUCUUGCAGUGGCUGAUGCGUCUGAAUCGUCAGAUGCUUGAUUUAAUGAAUGAUUAGUUACGAUGAUCUUCUAUUCGCUAGGCUACGGAAUGAAAUUUUGUAUGUGGGUAACAAGGAAAUGAACUGUUGAGGAUGAAAAAUUUAGAGAGUCCUCUUCCUCUUUUUUUUUGUAUUUUACCCGUGUGACAAGAGCGAUUGUCUGGUUUCUACUUGAUUUUCUCCAUUUAUUACCAAGGUGACUUCUUACACUGGGACUUUAGUUAAUUUCACCAUCUGAGGGCAAGUUACAGCUCUUCAGAAAUAUUCUUUGAGUGGCUUCAUUCCGCCUGUCGGCUCGAGCUGUGCCAAAAUUGCUAAUUUUUUCUGUUUGUCUCGUGUCAGGAACUUUGGGGCAGCAUAAAUCGGAAUAUUUUCUCAACUACUUUGGAUGGCAGUUGAGAGAUUUUAAUAUUAGUUGUUCCUAUAAACCGGGAUCUUGAUUGCGCACCAGUUGCACGGUGUCGCGUUAUUAUUUUGUUUCAGAAGCUUCUUUAGGUCUAGAAGUUUGGGAAUUCUUUAAUCAUCAACUCUACGAUGUGGUUCCAAGUUACUGUGACGCAUUUACGCUCAUUUGGACCUAUUGAAACUAGAGCUUCAUUCUCCAGCUAAACCAUCGUGCUGCCUAAAUGGUCGGUGAUCAAACACACUCUAAAGUUUCGGCUUCAUCCACAAGCACCAGGCAGCAUUAAGAGGAUGACUUGUGUCAUCGUCAUUUAGAGUGGCGCAAAAUUUACUGUUUCAUCGUAUUCAUUGUAAAACAAGAUAGGAGUAAAAAAUCCUCGUUUCAUUUAUGUAAAGAGCUGGCUAUGUUAGUUUCGUCGGUGGAUGCUGCACAAGUGAGGAGUGGUUGAUACUACAUACUGAAUUUGUUCAUACUUGUUGAUUGAAAGUUUCAAAACAUCCGACGUGGAAUUAAGUUGUCUGUAGUCGACGUUUGACGACGUGUUUUUUUUAUAAAUCUGCUUAAGCUGGCAAUAGUUGGCUUCUGAGAGGUUCCAUUGCAAGAGUUUUGACUACCCAAACCCAUAUAUAUUAUUUUUCGGGAAGGCCCGGCGAUACUCUAUUUUUUUUUAUUGCGUAACUGUUAAAAUUCAUUUAGCAAUGGCUUGAACAAAUGAACUCCCCGCAUAUAAUGGUUACAUGCUUAACUGGAUUGUGCAGGGGUGUACCUGUGCGGUCUGUUGCUCUACGGCUUAUUGGCAAUAGGAAAUCCUUGCAGUUUUGGAAGUUCUGCGUUUGUCAUUGUGUUGCCAUGGCAGCGAAUUAGUGAGGUUAAGAUUGGCUUUCAGCCUUUCGUUCUUCUUGGUCAACGCAACAUCAAAGAAAUAUGCGCGAGUUUCGUUAUCAGUUGCCAUUUGAAAUAAGAUUGUCUUCAUCUUCCCUUGUCACUGAAAUUUAUCAGAGAAACUGUUCUUCUGCAUCCAUUGCUAGCUUGAAUUUGAACUUGAUUGUUCCUGUAAAAAAUUCUACCAUGGCCUUCUGUAUUUUUUUAAUUCGUGUGAAGUUUUUUUGUUAUUUGUACUGUUCAUCUCCCCUGUUGAUUUGUGCCUCAAAUUUAAUUAAAUAUUUAAUAUAAGAGCGGCUGCUCGUUCAUUUUAGCUAUCGAUUUCAUCAGCGCAGUCGUACUGGAAAAAAGGACCAAUUAUCAUUAUUUUGUCCGUCUCUUCUUUGCUAAUAUAUUUUUGUCAGUCUCCAUUCAUUCCUAAGCAAACCGUCAACUGUUAGGAACUGCAACACUCGUCUCUCGAUUCAAUAAAAUAUGCAAUUAA